AUGGCUACCACCGCGUUAGACCACCUCUCCAACCGGAUGAAGCUGGAAUGGUAUUCCCAGCUUAAUACCGAGAUGGCUCCAGAGGGCAACUACCGUCGUACCUCCAUCAUCUGUACCAUUGGCCCCAAGACUAACUCCGUCGAGAAGAUCAAUGAGCUCCGCAAAGCUGGUCUCAACGUUGUUCGCAUGAACUUCUCUCACGGCUCAUACGAGUACCACCAAUCUGUUAUCGACCAUGCCCGCGAGGCUGAGCGCGUCCAGGCCGGUCGCCCAGUUGCCAUUGCUCUUGACACCAAAGGUCCUGAGAUCCGUACCGGAAACACCGUUGACGACAAGGACUACCCCAUCUCUGCUGGAACCGUGUUCAAUGUCACCACCGAUGACCAAUACGCUACUGCCAGUGACAACAAGAACAUGUAUGUCGACUACAAGAACAUCAGCAAGGUCAUUGAGCCCGGCAAGCUCAUCUAUGUCGAUGACGGUAUUCUCUCUCUCAAAGUCCUCGAAGUCGUUGACGACAAGACUGUCCGCGUUCAGUGCCUCAACAACGGCAACAUCUCCUCCCGCAAGGGUGUCAACCUUCCCGGCACUGAUGUCGAUUUGCCCGCUCUUUCCGAGAAGGACAAGAACGACUUGCGCUUUGGUGUCAAGAACAGGGUCGACAUGGUCUUUGCAUCAUUCAUCCGUCGCGGUGAAGAUAUUAAGGAAAUCCGUAAGGUGCUUGGCGAGGAAGGCAAGGAGAUUCAGAUCAUUGCCAAGAUCGAGAACCAACAAGGUGUCAACAACUUUGAUGAAAUUCUCGAGGAGACCGACGGUAUUAUGGUCGCUCGUGGUGAUCUUGGUAUCGAGAUUCCUGCCCCCAAGGUCUUCAUUGCCCAGAAGAUGAUGAUCGCCAAGUGUAACUUGAAGGGCAAGCCCGUUAUCUGCGCUACCCAGAUGUUGGAGUCCAUGACAUACAACCCUCGCCCCACUCGUGCUGAAGUGUCCGAUGUUGCCAACGCCGUUCUUGACGGUGCUGACUGUGUCAUGUUGUCCGGAGAGACUGCAAAGGGUAACUACCCCAAAGAGGCUGUUACCAUGAUGAGCGAGACUUGCUUGCUGGCUGAAGUGGCUGUUCCUCAUUUCAGCAUCUUUGACGAGUUACGCACUCUCUGCCCUCGUCCUGCCGAUACCGUUGAGGCUAUUGCUAUGUCUGCUGUCAGCGCCAGUUUGGAACUGAACGCUGGUGCCAUCCUUGUCUUGACCACCAGUGGUAAGACCGCUCGUCUGCUCGCCAAGUACCGGCCCGUUUGCCCUAUUAUCAUGAUCACCCGUAACGAAGCCGCAUCCCGGUAUUCUCACUUGUACCGUGGUGUCUAUCCCUUCUACUUCCCUGAGUCCAAGCCCGACUUCAACGUCAAGAUUUGGCAGGAGGAUGUCGACCGUCGUUUGAAGUGGGGUAUCCACAACGGUAUCAAGCUUGGUGUCAUCCAGAAGGGUGCUAGCGUCGUCUGUGUUCAAGGAUGGCGCGGUGGUAUGGGCCACACCAACACCAUUCGUGUGGUUCCUGCCGAGGAUAACUUGGGUCUUGAGCAGUAA